AUGCCAGUACAACGCAAGCGCAAGGCCGUUGCUGUGGUGGAAACCGCCAGUAAACAAAGUCGACCGACCAAGGCUCAGAGGGGCAUCAAGAGUUUUGGGAGUAUCGGGAAGGCGAACACAGUCGACAGCGAUGUGAAAAAGCGGAAGACACAACAUGGACGCGACCAGACGCCUCCUCCAGCGCCGGCGGCGAAGGUCGCAACCACAGCACAGAACAAGAGGAAACGCGCCAUUGACACGGAAGACGAUGAAGACGAGAUCAUCGUCAGCUCCAAGGCUUCCACUUCUGCAAACGACAUCUCGUCGAAUGUAAUGUCUACACCACGGAAUAAGCGCAUCAAGAACGUAGCGCCUCCCUCGCCAGCACAAACAUCUACCCGAGGCGCCGCAGCGCUGUUCGACAACCUGAAGCUCGACGCGAAUGCACGAGCGAUUCCUUGCGCGCUCACGCAGCAGAAGCUCUCAUACGAAACGCCUCCAGACACACCGAAGCACGAGAAACGCGACCUAGAUUUGAGCUUCCCGGUCGAGCUCGAGAAGCUUGAAGAUCUUUAUUCCUCUUUCCUCAAAUCACUUCAUCUGUACUAUUCGCAUCAUGGUAGCGCUUCGCCAGUCGAACUUGGAACACUUUUGCCAUCUCUAUCGAAGCAUUGGAAAAAACGAGCCGUGAAGUUGGAGGAUGUACAGCGAAUCUUGGCCGUGUCGGACCAGAAGCAGCGCAGCUUCACGCUACAAGAUUUCGGACGUGCAGGAAUCUGCCUCGUGCGGACCGAAGCUCAAGGCCGAGCCUUGAAGCGAUCAUCAAGUUACAUCGAUGAAGAUGAGCUCAACCGGAAGUUCGAGGAUGCAUUGCAGAAAUCAUGGUAUACAUGGCAGCACAGCGUGCCAAAGGAAAACCGGACAGCAUCCGUGUUCCUAGAUCAACUACCACUGCUCGAAAUCACACAAAACGAAGCCACAGCAAAGGCAGCACCCAUCUUCGCCCGCGGGCAACAACGACUGGCAGACCUCAAAGCAGGCGUAGCAGCAGCAAGAGCCGAAGCACCGAAGCCGUCGUCAGAGGAAGUAGCGGCGAUCAAAUCCGUGAAAGCAGCGCAAACACGAGGCACAGCACUUCUAGAUCGCAUCCUAGCCAAGCAGAACCUGUCCUCCGGUCUUGCGUCCGGACCCACGAAAGAGCAAUUGGAACGAAAGUCGGCUUUACAUCGACUUGACGACGUUGCGAGAGUGCUGUCGCUGCUGGUAGGCACCAAAGAACGAUGCAGUCUGAGCAUGCCGGCGAUAACGCAACAACUGCAGCAAAGUCUGAGAAAUCCAAUCAGCAGGGAUGAAGUGGAUCGGUGCUUGACGCUGCUUGAUAAGGAGAUCGCGCCCGGGUUUGUGAGAGUCAUCCAGAGUGGAGAAGUGAAGGGCAUUGUCAUUGUCCGGAGUGCGAGUGUCGGACUUGCAGAGAUCAGAGCAAGAGUGGACAGGACUUUGGCAUGA